AUGUCACUCCGCCGCCUCGUAGCCCGCUCCCUCUCCACGGCCGACCUCUCCGGCCGCCUCCGCCCCACCGCCGUCCUCUCCGGCCGCCUCCGCCGCUCCCUCUCCACCGCCGCCGCCGCCGCCGUCACGCACCCGCCAUGGGCAAUCAUCCACGACACGUCGGAGGUCGACCGGUCGUCGUCGGCCCCGGGCGCGUGCUUCCGCCCCGUGGCUCCUCCGGGCGUUUCCCACAUCUUCGCCCCAGCGCACCUCAUCGAUCCCACGCAACGCCCGAACGCGGGCAGCAGCGACGGCGUCCUCCAAUACCUUGGCGGCAAAGUCGUCCAGCUCCUCUUCGGCAACGUCGGCGCCGCCAGCGGCGACGGCCACCUCCUCCUCAGCUACCACGACCUCCGGGCGGAGGGCCCUUGCACCCGCUGGGACCUGGCCGAGAACCCCGAAGUCCACCGCUUCGUCUGCAACCCCCUCACCGGCCAGAUGCUCCGCCUGCCCGACUUCGGCGGCUCCAGGAGGAUCUUCGCCCUCCACAGCAUGGGUCUCCUCACCCAGGCCGACGGAGGGCUCGGGUGCGGGCCGCCCGACAGGUUCGCCGUCGCCGAGUUCGUCCUCAAUGGCGCCGCCAUCGUGCGGUUUCUCUCUGAGGAAGGGAAGUGGAACGCGGUACGGCCGGUCCAUGGCAAUCCAUCGCUCCCGCGCCCGAUAGAGAUGAACCAGGAGACGGUUGCCUUCGGCGGCCGCCUGUGGUGGGUCGACCUGACCUUGGGUGCCGUCUCCGUCGACCCCUUCGCCGACCAGCCAGAGAUCCGCUUCGUCGAGCUGCCGAGCGGCAGCGUGCUGCCUGCGCCGGCACGUGUGGACGAAGCAGACCCCUGCAAGGUCGAGGAACGGGGGCUGCUCAUUAUGGAGGUGACCAAUCGCCGGCGCAUCGGCGUGAGCGAGGGGAGGCUGCGCUACGCCGAAGUGACUCCCGGCGGGCCAUUUCUUCUCAGCUCCUAUGCGCUCGACGACGACGAGGGCACCGUUUGGAAGCUGGAGCACCAGGUGGCGCUCAGGCGGGUGUUGGCGGACGGAGGCUACUCGGCACAGGCGGCGCCGCAGAUCGCCGUCCUUGACCCCGUCGACGCCAACAUCAUUUACCUCAAGGUCGGCAAGGACGUCGUCGUCGUGGACAUGCAUAAUGGGAAUCUGAUUGGGGGCUGUCCGCUUCAAGGAGAGUACAUUUCUCUUGUACCAUGCGUUCUUCCACCCUGGCUUGGAUUAAGCCGGAUCCCCGCCGGAGGCAAGAAGGAUGGCAUGGAAGUGACAGAUGAUCUGGUCAGUAGCGCCUAG